UUCCAACCUUUCACGGACUUCACCCUACCCUUUCUACCCCGCUCCAUUUUCUAUCUUCCCUUGUCAUCUCACCAAAUAGAAAAAUACCGCACGGAAGUCCAGAAACUCAGGUUCCCUUCCAUGGCGGUGGCGGUGGCGGUAUCGGAGAGAGUCGAGCUCCUGAAGCUUUGCAGCUCUCGGGACUGGUCCAAGGCGAUUCGCGUUCUCGAUUCUCUGCUCUCGCGCUCAUGCUCCAUCCAGGAUAUCUGUAAUCGAGCCUUCUGCUAUAGUCAAUUGGAGCUUCACAAGCACGUGAUCAAGGACUGCGAUAGAGCUCUUCAGCUCGACCCCACCCUUCUUCAAGCUUACAUUCUCAAAGGCCGUGCAUUUUCUGCUCUUGGAAGGAAAGAGGAUGCUCUUCUAGUCUGGGAGCAAGGUUAUGAGUAUGCUCUUUGUCAGUCUGCAGAUUUGAAGCAAUUGCUUGAGCUGGAAGAGCUUUUGAAAGAUGCAAAACAAAAAGAAAGUAAUUGUGAGAGCCAUGCUAUGGAAUUAUCUGAGUCUUCCCUGCAAGCAUCUAAAGCUGGGCCAUCUAAUGCAAGCAAAUCUAAUGAUGUGUGUAAUAAUCACAAUAAGUUCAGCUGUGAGUUUGAACUGCAAGGUGACUCAAGCAAUGCAUCAGAGAUCUACACUGAAACAAAUGAUAGAAUUUACAUUCAAGGUGAAUCAAGCAAUAGAGUGCAGAAGAAUAUUGAUGGCGAACCCAAUGGAACCUGUAAUGGCCAAACAAAUGGAACUUGCAAUGGCCAACCAAAUGGAAUUUAUAAUACCCUACCAAAUGGAAUCUUCAGUAGCAAACCAAGUCAGAUGCAUGAUGAUCACAAUGAAUCGGGUGAUGAGUCUGAAUUAUGUAAUGACUUAAGUGACACAUGCAGUAAAUCAUCUGUGAAUUGCAGCAAAUCAAGUGAUGCAUCUGAGAUCUUCAAUAAGUUGAGUAAUAAUUCUGAUGAAAGGAAUGAAUUAAGUCAAGCCAAGAAGAAUAAAAAGUUUUGUGUUACUAGGAUUUCAAAGACCAAGUCAAUAAGUGUUGAUUUCCGAUUAUCCAGGGGAAUUGCAGCGGUAAAUGAAGGCAAAUAUGCUUAUGCUGUGUCAAUAUUUGAUCAGAUCCUAAAUGAGGAUCCUACUUAUCCCGAGGCACUGAUAGGAAGAGGAACGGCAUAUGCAUUCCAACGAGAACUUGAUGCCGCCAUUGCUGAUUUCACAGGGGCUAUUCAAUUAAAUCCAUCAGCUGGUGAGGCAUGGAAAAGAAGGGGGCAGGCCCGUGCUGCGCUGGGGGAAUCUGUUCAGGCCAUUGCGGACUUGACCAAGGCAUUAGAAUUUGAGCCAAAUUCGACCGAUAUAUUGCAUGAAAGAGGGAUUAUUAACUUCAAGUUUAAGGAUUUUUAUGCUGCUAUUGACGACCUAUCUGCAUGUGUAAAGUUUAGUAAGGAUAACAAAUCCGCAUUCACAUAUUUGGGUCUGGCCUUAUCCUCUAUAGGUGAAUAUAGACAGGCUGAGGAGGCACAUAUGAAGUCAAUUCAUCUUGAUCCAAAGUUCCUUGAGGCAUGGACUCACUUAACACAGUACUAUCAAGAUUUGGCAAAUUCACAAAAGGCUUUUCAAUGCCUUGAACAGGUCCUACAAAUUGAUGGAAGGUUUGCCAGAGCAUAUUACUUGCGAGGACUACUUCUCCAUGGGAUGGGAGAGCACAGGAAUGCAAUCAAAGAUUUAUCUGUAGUAUUAAGUCUUGAGAGCUCAAAUGUGGAGUGUUUAUAUUUGAGAGCUUCUUGUUAUCAUGCUAUUGGAGAAUAUAGAGAAGCGGUGAAGGAUUAUGAUGCUGCUUUGGAUUUGGAACUAGACUCGAUGGAAAAAUUCGUGCUUCAAUGUCUAGCCUUCUAUCAGAAAGAAAUUGCUUUGUACACUGCAUCUAAGAUCAGCAGUGGAUUUUCUUGGUUUGACAUAGAUGGGGAUAUCAAUCCGCUCUUCAAGGAGUAUUGGUGCAAAAGGCAGCAUCCCAAAAAUGUCUGUGAAAAGGUUUACAGGCAACCUCCCUUGCGUGAUUCCCUGAAGAAGGGUAAGCUGAGGAAGCAAGAUCUUGCCAUGACAAAGCAGAAGACAGCUCUCAUACAAGCUGCAGACUCUAUAGGGAAGAAGAUCCACUAUAGAUGCCCUGGUUUCUUGCCCAAUAGGCGUCAGCAUCGCAUGGCCGGACUAGCUGCUAUUGAGAUUGCACAAAAGGUCUCAAAGGCAUGGCGCUCUAUGCAAGCAGAGUUGAAAAACUCAAACAAAAACACAUCAAAAUAUGGCAAGAGAACCCGGAGAAAGGAAAAAAACAAUAUUCCUAGCCAGAACAGAGGUGGUGCUGGUUGCAGUACCAGCAGUUUGUCAGAAACAUCUUCAUAUGGCUCUGUGGAAGAUAGAUCUUCUGGACGUCCUAUGUUGUCAUGGCAUGAUGUUUACUCAUUAGCUGUGAAAUGGAGACAGAUCUCCGAACCUUGUGAUCCAGUAGUGUGGGUUAACAAGUUAAGCGAGGAGUUCAAUUCUGGAUUUGGAUCUCACACGCCACUCAUUCUUGGGCAAGCAAAAGUUGUUCGUUAUUUCCCAAAUUUUCAAAGAACAUUAGAUGUUGCGAAGGCUGUCAUCAAGGAAAAAAUGUUUGUGUGCAGCAAGAGAGACAAUGCUAUUGAUCUUUCUGAAUAUGAGAAACUGCAAGAUAUUUUGAAUGCAGAAUCCUGUUCUGAUCUUUACAGAGUUAUUGGUGAGGACUUCUGGUUGGCUACUUGGUGCAAUAGUACUGCAUUUGAGGGGAAACGCCUUGAAGGAACAAGGAUCACUCUAGUGAAAAUGGGAGACCAUGGAUAUGACUUUGCUAUUAGGACACCAUGCACACCUUCAAGAUGGGGUGAUUUUGAUACAGAAAUGGCAAUGGCAUGGGAAGCUCUUUGCAAUGCAUACUGUGGUGAAUCCUAUGGGUCCACGGACUUCGGAACUCUUGAAAAUGUGAGAGAGGCAAUCUUAAGGAUGACAUAUUACUGGUACAAUUUUAUGCCUCUAUCCAGAGGCUCAGCGGCUGUUGGGUUUGUAGUUUUGCUUGGAUUAUUUCUUGCUGCUAAUAUGGAGUUCAUUGGGAGCAUCCCCAAAGGUUUGCAGGUGGAUUGGGAAGCCAUUCUGAACUUUGAACCGAAGCCAUUUGUGGAUUCUGUGAAGAGUUGGUUAUAUCCAGAUCUUAAGGUCACAGCAUCAUGGAAAGAUUAUCCAGAUGUGGCUACAACUUUUGAGACAACAGGGUCUAUAGUUGCUGCUCUGAGUUCCUACAAUGAUUGAGCCUUUUCAACGCUUAAGGCCCACGUAAGCAGCAAGCCGGGAACAUGUUCUGUCUGUUGGUCAAGUGAUUCUCUAAGGUGGAUUAAUAGAAGUUGUAAUCGAUAGAGAGAUGUAAGGUAAAAUUAUUGCAAGAUUUGUCUGUAUUUCGCUAGUUUACUUUUAUUAUAGAUAUUGUACGUUAUUCCUUUCUAGGCUUCUUUAAAAUGAAACGAUAAAUGUAUUUGUCCUUGUUUGCGCACCUCUCAAAGUAAUUGUAUCGCUGUUGGAAGGUUUCCCAUAUAUGUCAUGUCAAAUAUAGUAAUUUUACUUGUUUUUUCA